UUUUGGUUCCUCUUCAUUAAAGAGUCUCUUUAGAAGUUGUCAGAUGUUCAGCGCAAUAGGACAAUAAGGUGUAACCCUCUUAUCUUCCUCCUGGUGUUCUAGGCGACCAUCAUGGUGUUCCAGGCUCUUGCGCAGUACCAGAUAGACAUUCCGCAGCAUAAAGACGUGAAUUUGGAUGUUUCUAUUCUCCUGCCACGCCGUGCUAGUCCAAUAAACUACAAAAUCUUAAACCAGAAUGCUCUGGUGGCCAGAACAGCAGAGACCAAAUGGAAUGAAGACUUCACUGUGAAGGCAGAAGGAACUGGACAAGGGACCUUAACUGUAAUAACGAUUUAUAAUUCAAAGCUACGGGAGGAUGAAUCUCAGUGUAAGAAGUUUGACCUGAGGGUAUCGGUCGAAGAAGCCCAGGGCGUUAAGAAGCCGGAAGGAGCGAUGCGUUCAGUCUAUAUUAAAAUCUGCAUCAGGUUCCUCGGUGUGGUUGAUGCCACAAUGUCCAUCAUCGAUAUCUCCAUGCUCACUGGCUUCUCACCAGAUGUGAAGGAUCUUAAGAGACUUUCCCAAGGGGUCGACAGAUACAUUUCCAAGUUUGAAAUCGACAAAGCGCCAUCUGACAGAGGCAACCUCAUAAUCUACCUGGACAAGGUUUCUCACACAGAGGAUGAAUGCCUGCAGUUUAAAGCUCACCAGUUUUUCGAAGUUGGUCUCAUUCAGCCGGCAUCCGUCACAGUCUACGACUAUUACACCAUAGAUGACCGAUGCACCAAGUUCUACCACCCGUCUAACCAGAGCGGGCUCUUCAAUAAGAUCUGUCAUGGGGACGUCUGCCGCUGUGCGGAAGAAAGCUGCUUCAUGCAGCAGAAGAUAGAGGGUCCCAUCACCCUGAACAAGCGAAUGGAGGAAGCCUGCAAACCUGGAGUGGAUUAUGUGUAUAAAACCAGGCUUGUUAGAAGUGAAGAAGUGGACGGGUCUGACUACUACACCAUGGAAAUUUUGGAAAUCAUUAAAACAGGAACUGAUGAAAAUCCACAAGGAAAAACCCGCCAAUUCAUCAGCCACAUAAAAUGCAGGGAGUCUCUGAGGCUGGAGCGUAACAAAGACUACGACUUGUGGCCCAGGAAAGCUGAUUGUACUGAAACCUCAAGAGAACACCUAGGAGUCUCCUCUUCUCUGUUCCUUUCAUCUUCAUCCCUCUCCACCCCGUAUUAUCUCCUCCUCACUCUGCUCUUAUAUGUGACAUCUUUUUUCACCCCCGCCCUAGGGACUGAUGAAGAUCCACAAGGAAAAACCCGCCCAUUCAUCAGCCACAUAAAAUGCAGGGAGUCUCUGAGGCUGGAGCGUAACAAAGACUACGACUUGUGGCCCAGGAAAGCUGAGCUAUCCUACAUCAUUGGCAAGGAUACCUGGAUCGAGAAGUGGCCCAACGAGGACGAAUGCUGGAAGCCGGAUUUCCAGAACCUCUGCCAGGAAUUCCUUGAGUUCUCUGAAACCAUGACCAUGUUUGGCUGCCCAACCUAAACUUGGACCCAGCUUUCCCAGCAGCCCCAAUUGGACAGUUUGAGCUGAGAUGGAGCAUAACCCUCAGGUGGAGACAGCUCCACUCAGAGUCCCAAUGCUGCUGACACUCGCUGCUAGUCCUGUCCUCUUUGGGGGUUUCACUCUCUUUUCUUCUUAUUGUUUCUAUAUAUAUAUA